CUUGUCAAUCUUUCUUUCUUUCCUUCUUCGUGUCCCUGUUCUUGUUCUCUCUCUCUCUCUCUCUCUCUCUCUGACAUUAUUCUCUUCUUCCUUGUCAAUCCCCAACCCCACUGAGAUUUUCAUCUUUAUUUUUCCAAUGCUCUAUGGAGUUCACAGUGGAGUAGAGGAAUGCCACCUAAUCCAAAACCACUCCCCCUCUUUAAAUCGGCUGUUUCAGUCGACGCUGCCUCUCAGGUCCUCGGAAGCUCGCCUUCUCCUCCUUGAAUCUCCGAGAAAGUUCCAAGCUUUGAGCCUUCCCAGGCUUCAUUGUGCCGAAGAAUCCGCUUUUGAGCUUCUGGGUAUGCCGCCUUAAUGGCCUCCGUCGAAAUGUCCCGCGUCGAUUUGGAGCUCGGCGAAACCCACCGCCACCACGUCGGAAGCAGCGACGACGACGACGACGAGAGCGUCUGUUUCUCCGACGCCGACGACGGCAGUGGCUCGUGCUACUCCCAGUUCUACUCCACCGCCGGAGGGUCCUACGACGAGUACGCCUUUUCCUGCGUGCUGGACGUGGACUGCGACGCUGAGGCCGGGUCUGGGAGGCCAUCGUCGGCGUCGGAUUGCUCGGUGGUGGCCGAGGGAGGAGGGAGGGAGGUGAGGGUGCACUUGGCGAGAGUGGAGAGAGAGAUGGAUUGCAGGAUUUGCCAUUUAGGGCUGGAGAGCAGCCGCCACGAAUCCGGGGCUCCGAUCCAAUUGGGCUGUUCUUGCAAGGGCGAUUUGGGUGCUGCCCACAAGAAUUGUGCAGAGGCCUGGUUCAAGAUCAAGGGAAACAAAACCUGCGAGAUCUGCAACUCCAUUGCACGGAAUGUUGCUGGCGUGAAUGAGGUAGAGCCGGCUGAGCAGUUGACCAAUGAGGUUGACAAUCCUACAGCCGCCUCGGCCGUCCCGGCCACCACCCCAACGUUGUUGCCUUCGGAGACCCGGAACUUCUGGCAGGGCCACCGCUUCUUGAAUCUGCUGCUUGCUUGCAUGGUAUUCGCCUUUGUCAUAUCGUGGCUAUUCCACUUCAACGUGCCGUCGUCGUAGACGUCGGGGUCGCCGCAUUUUCUCUACACGUAAAAGAAUCGAGGAAUGUAGCAGUCGCUUUUUCGAGUAAAAUUUUUACUCACAGAAAGAGGAAAAAAAGGGGAAAGUCAGGGAAUUUUUCCAUUUACCAUCAAAGCAAUUUACAUAUGGAGUCAUUUUGUGCAUUUGAGUGUGCUCCUCCAUGGACAAUCAGACGGAACAUUUGUUAUGGGAAAUGUUUUCUCAGGAUUCAAGAGCAUAGAGCUGUUGAUUUUUCUUCCUUCUUGCCUUGACAUUUUUAUGUGGUUUGGCUCUAAAAAAUGGAGUUUCCUUGUCAAAAGGGAAAGAAAGUGUGGAAAACUGUAUAUAUUCAUCAUUGAAGCGGUGUUGUAAAGUCUAA